CGAACCGACGAUAUAUUUCAAAAAUAGGUAUUUUAAUUAAUAACUAAGAGUAUCUGGCGAAACCUGAAAUUGUAAAACAUGUUUACGCGCUCAUGCGAUUCUUGAAAAUAAGUUUUCAAAAUACCUUCUAUAGGCGAAAAUAAGCCUAAAUUAAAAAUAUUGAAGAAUGUAUUUCAGAAAAACGCAUUAUCGAUAUGAAACAGGACAUUCACCUUAAAUUUGAAUAAAGGAAAUAUUCUCCACACUGGGGUUGCCUUAGCUACUUUUUAUAUAUUCGCAUUCGUGCAAUAAUAGUUACGAAAACAGUUAAAUACUUUGCAAAGAACGAAUAUUUUCUCAAGUACAAGAACGUAAAAAAUUUAGUUUCUUUUUCUUAUAAAUCUGCACCCAGUUACGAGUAACUUUCUCUCUCCCUACUUCAAAAAUCCACCGGAAACAAUGCCGAUUAAAUGGCCUUGCUCUAGUGCAUGACAAGAAAGGCCAUCAUAUAAAAGAAGUCGGGUACUAUUUAAACUCGCGUCUCCCUCCAGAAGACAUCACUCAGUCGAUCACCUCUGUAGAUCCUGGUCCAUCCCAGCGAUAUACACCACCAACGAUGAAGGCCUUUGUAGUGUGUGCUCUUCUCAGCCUCGUAGCCGCCGACAGGCGCCCAAGCAACGGGUAUGGAGCCCCUCCUGCUCCUCCAAGCAACGGCUAUGGAGCUCCUCCAAGCAACUCCUAUGGCCCACCUAGGAACUCCUACGGAGUAGAUCCACUUGCUGAAUUGGCACAGAACAUUCCUGGAGGCGGAGUUCCUGGAGAAGACUACCCUAUUUUGGCCUCCGUCCCUGACACUCGUUUCUCCUGCGAUGCUCAGAAUGUUCCUGGUUAUUAUGCCGACACUGAUCGUCAGGCUGGCUGCCAGGUCUUCCACAUCUGCCAGGACAGGCCCAAUGGACGCCGUCAGCAGGACUCCUUCCUCUGCCCCAACGGCACCAUCUUCAACCAACAGUACCUCGUCUGUGACUGGUGGUUCAACUUCGACUGCGCUGACGCUGAAGACUUCUACUCAGUCAACGAGCAGAUUGGCGUCGUUGCCUACGACCCUUAUGGCAGAAGUCAAAACGGUAACGGCAAUGGCAACGGUAAUAAUGGCUAUGGUUCAAAUGGAAAUGGCAAAAGGAACGGUAACAAAAAUGGUAAUGGUUCUAAUGGCAAUGGUUAUGGAGCCCCACCCGCUCCUAUCAAUGGAUACGGAGCCCCUCCAUCACUUUCAAACUCCUAUGGAGCUCCAUUCUAAAUAAGGCAAAUGAUCAUUUUCACUAAUUCAAUCCAUGAACCUUUCAUUAGUGCUUGAUACGAAACUGCGACCAUUCAACUUUAUCAAGAUGAAUGUAUAUUUUUGUAUAAAUAAAAAUGA